AGUGAUACCAUUUGUCUGAGGAAGGUAACCCCUGGCUGUGUUUGUCAUCAAGAGUGUCACUCACCGUCUGGAUGUGACCCACUAAGAUGUUUAAAUCCUUAGAUUGUAUUUUUGUGGGCAGUGUAUUGAACUUAUAUGCUUUAACAAUUUCACUUGGUUUCAAAUCAUGACAUGCUAUUUUCAUACCCUUUCUUGGAAUUCUGAAAAUGAUAUUUGCCAAAUUCAAGUAUUUUGAAACUUGAGACUACUGAACAUUGUCAUCGUCACCCAAAUUUUGAAGGGGAACUUAUUUUAAUUGUAGUCUGCUAUGAUAUUAGACAUUAUGAUAAAAGGAAUGUAUAUUACAUAUCGAAUACCAGCUAGAGCUUGACCAGAAGGAAUGAAACUACUUUACUGAAAUUAAAUCGACACUUAAAAAAAAAUUUUAAACCUGGGGAAAACCGUUUUAAAGAAUUACUUAAUGCAUCAAUCAGUAGUUUAUAUCCUUAAAGAAUUAUUUAUGGUAUAAUAAUGAACAUUUAUAACAGAACAGAAUUUCCUAACAUUAGCUUCUCUGCCUACGGAGGUCAUAAAAAUUGUUAAUGCAGAUGAGGUUGCCUUCUGUUGUGUGAUGCUAAUAGGAAAUGGAUCAUUGCGGUUUAUGGGGUACUUAGCCAUUUUGGUUCAUGAUAAAUGGCUGACUUCAAGUGACAUUCCUUCAUGGAUUUCCCACUAUUCAUCACCUGAAAGAAUGGAAUGCAAACAUGAAGUUGAUUUUGAAGUUGUCAGGAGUUUCACUGUGGUGUAAAUCCAUCAUAAGCCAAUGUUUUCGUUGAUUUAGGAAGAAAUUGUACGAAUGGAAACACAUUUAAUGUUUUAUGCUUCUGUUUCUUUUGCUCCAAAGUCAGUUUUGUGAUUCUCUUAUCCUGCUCUAACUUCUGUUACCUCUUCCCUUUCCCAUCCCCCUCUCCAAACAUUCUCUUUUGAAAACUCCCUAGAUUUUUAUCUUUGCAGGGAUGCUUUGAUGUAAUUACAUUGUUUUGAUCUAUUAAAUCAACCCAACAUAAGCUGAAAGAAUAGAACAUAUUUUCAACUAGUCUGUCCAUCUAGGUGGCAGGUAUUAUACUAGGAUGGAGAACCUCUUCCACUGCUGUGUUCUUGCUGUUAUUCUAUUUUCUUUCCUUUUUCAUCAUCUUUUCUUGAAAUGCUACCUCCUUACCCCUCCUGCCCCAAGAGUGCACACAUACCAUGUCUGCGUUAGGGGUGUUGGGGAGAGGGAAGCUGCCUAUUUUUAACAAGGUCACAUUAUCUAGGAUCUUGCUUUUAGAAAAUUAUUCCCCAGCUUACUUUCAGGGAGGCACCGAAAGACUUACUCAAGAUCUAGUCAUGCCUCACAUGUGCCUAAAGGAAGUUUGAGUCUUUCCUGUGUUUGAUGUCUGGAAUGUUUAUCUCUGAGGUAGAGCCUGUGUUUAAUUCACUAGCAUGAUGCUUUCUGUGCUACUGGCAUUUGAGAGUGUUUGAUAUCUGGCAGGAUGCUAUUCAGAAGAGAAUGUAAAUAUUCGUGCAGGUUGUCUUAGAAGCAUUAAGUGUAACUGAGAUAAUUUGCCAUUUAUUUCAUGGCUUCUUAAAGGGAUUUUGAGAUACUUUAUCUAUGUGCAUUGUUAGAGUGAAGCUGACAACAGGUUUUUUGUUUUUAUUUUUAUUUUUUGCUUUGUAGAACUUAACAGGAGGAAGCCAUCUUUGACUUUCCUUGAGGUGCUGGUAUCUUGGAAGGGAAGUUACCAAACCCUUCAUCCCAGAGGCUGUCUUUUGACACAGAACAUUUUAGUUCCUACCAGAUUUCUCUGAGAGGCUUUCAUGGAGCCUAGUUAUCCCUUUUAGCAAAUAGUAUUCAUGAAUACCCUGCUCACAAAGAAAUUUAGGUAAAUAAAUGGAAAGCAUUUGAGAUAUCUGGACUCUUUUUGUUUUAGAACUCCAGAUAUUGGGGAAAUUUGGGGAGAGAGCCUGGAAGUGGUAGAAUUGAAAUAUUAGGUUUCUUAUGACCGUCUUUCCUAUUGAAACUCUAGAAAUAGCUAAUGGGACAUAAUUUAAUUACAUGGUCUAGAUAAAUCCUAUCAGUCUCUUAUAGCUGGUUAUGACAUUUGAUGAGAUAAAACAAACCAACUUUUUCUUCAGAUUUAUUGAAUGAGAAUCACUAAUCUUGAAUACUUAUUCAGCUCAGCUCAAACCAAUUAUCAAACUUUAAAAAUGGCCAAUUCUGGCCGGGCGCGGUGGCUCACGCCUAUAAUCCCAGCACUUUGGGAGGCCAAGGCGGGUGGAUCAUGAGGUCAAGAGAUCGAGACCAUCCUGGUCAACAACGUGAAACCCCGUCUCUACUAAAAAUACAAAAAUUAGCUGGGCAUGGUGCUCAGCGCCUGUAGUCCCAGCUACUCGGGAGGCUGAGGCAGGAGAAUUGCUUGAACCUGGGAGGCAGAGGUUGCAAUGAGCCGAGAUCAUGCCAUUGCACUCCAGUCUGGGUAACAAGAGUGAAACUCCGUCUCAAAAAAAAAAAAAAAAGGCCAAUUCUAAUAUGGUACAGGCAAUUGAAGCAUAUUUAUAACUUAAUUUCUGGCCAUUGGUGGCAACAAGGCUGGGACUGGAAGGAGGUUGCUUAAGGGAGGAACAAUGGACUAAGGGAGAAAAAGGAGGAAACUCAGGAAGAGAGGCAGAGAACAUAGAUACCCUAGUAGACACAGACUUUUGACAGCAUUUACCACAUUUUAACUAUGGUAUGUUGAAAUGAAUAUUGAUAGCUUUUUACUUUCUGCCUUUCAUUUUUGUUUCUUCUUCUCCUAUCCCCGCAUGUAUGGUUAUAAACAUAUUUAUAAGGAAAAGCCAACUAAGAUCCAAGAUAUGCAACUUUUUCUGGGAUGGGGGUUGGAAGAUUGAAAGAAAGACACCUUGUUACCCAAAGAGUGCAAAAAAAGCGUUAAAACAAGUUAAAAUCUAGGCAACAGACUCCCUGAAGUGUUGACUGCCCAACUUAAUCAUGACUCUGAUUCAAAAAUGUUAAUAAACCAAGACAGUGUCUCAUUUUGUCACCCAGGCUGGAGGGCAGUGGCACGAUCACAGCACACUUCAGCCUCAACUUCUGGGCUCAAGCAGUUCUCCCACCUCAGCCUCCUGAGUAGCUGAGACUACAGGAACGUGCCACCAAUCUCGGCUAAUUUUUGAUGUGAGGAGUUUUUUAAUAGAGAGGCUUGAAUGUAAUGGCAUGAUCUUGGCUCACUGCAACCUCCACCUCCAGGGUUCAAGCAAUUCUCCUGCCUCAGCUUCCUGAAUAGCUGGGAUUACAGGUAUCUUACAGGUGUAGAUCAUGGGGAAUUCAUAUGCUGGGCAACUGAAAUCUGCUCGAUUUGAGGAAGCUCUCCACAACUCCAUAGAAGCCUCUCUCAGAUGUAGUAGUGUGGUACCACGGCCAAUUUUUUCCCAGCUAUACCUGGACCCUGACCAGCAUCCUUUCUCAUCUGCAGAUGUCAAACCCAAGGUGGAGGAUCUGGACAAAGAUUUGGUACACCGCUACACUCAGAAUGGGAGUCUGGAUUUUUCUAACAGUCUAACAGUUAAUGAAAUGGAAGAUGAUGAAGAUGAUGAAGAAAUGUCUGAUUCAAACAGCCCACCAAUUCCCUAUUCACAAAAACCUGCCCCAGAAGGAUCUUGCACUACAGAUGGUUUUUGUCAAGCAGGAAAGGAUUUGCGUUUGGUAUCACUGUGUAUGGAACAAAUUGACAUCCCAGCAGGAUUCCUCCUGGUGGGGGCCAAGUCUCCCAAUCUGCCUGAACACAUCCUAGUUUGUGCUGUUGACAAGAGAUUCCUACCGGAUGAUAAUGGGAAAAAUGCACUUUUAGGGUUUUCUGGAAAUUGUAUUGGUUGCGGAGAAAGAGGAUUUCGAUAUUUCACGGAAUUUUCAAACCACAUUAACUUGAAGCUCACCACUCAGCCAAAGAAGCAGAAGCACUUAAAGUACUACCUAGUCAGAAGCUCCCAGGGUGUGCUUUCUAAGGGACCUCUUAUCUGCUGGAAAGAAUGUAGAAGCCGACAAUCCUCUGCUUCUUGCCAAACUAUUAAACCAAGCUCUUCAGUAUCGUCAACUGUGACCCCAGAAAAUGGGACAACUAAUGGAUACAAAGCAGGAUUCCCUCAGACAGAUUCGCCGAUUCUUAGUCCAGCUAUUUCUGCAAUCAAUUUAAGUGGAGCUCAGGACCUGACCCGGAAUAAGAAUGUUGUGAAACCACUGGCUUUAUCUUUGCAUGUUGUAGGGAAGACUUUUGCUGCAGAUGCUGCUAAUGGAAACAGUAGCCAUGGAGGGAAGGGCAGUGCAUCCAGCUCCACUCCAGCCCAUCCAGGGAAUUACUCUUUGUCACCAAGACCCAGCUAUGCAUCAGGAGACCAAGCUACCAUGUUUAUUUCUGGGCCACCAAAGAAACGACACCGGGGAUGGUAUCCUGGAUCACCUCUCCCCCAACCUGGCUUAGUUGUACCUGUCCCUACAGUUCGCCCUCUUUCAAGAACGGAGUCCCCUUUAUCUGUCCCAGUUCCACAGACCCCACUAACUGGAAUUUUACAGCCCCGGCCCAUUCCUGCAGGGGAAACUGUAAUUGUUCCUGAAAACCUGCUGAGUAACUCAGGAGUUAGACCAGUAAUUCUGAUAGGCUAUGGCACUUUACCCUAUUUCUAUGGAAAUGUUAGUGACAUUGUUGUGAGUCCUCUGCUGGUGAAUUGCUACAAGAUUCCACAGUUGGAAAACAAAGAUUUAGAACAAUUAGGGUUGACUGGCAGCCAAUAUCUGAGUGUGGAAAACAUGAUUCUUCUGACAAUACAGUAUCUUGUGCGGCUGGGUCCUGAUCAGAUACCUCUCAGGGAAGAAUUUGAGCAAAUUAUGCUGAAAGCUAUGCAAGAAUUUACUCUGAGAGAAAGAGCCCUGCAGUUAGGUGCUCAGUGUGUCCCUGUGUCACCAGGACAACUCCCCUGGCUUGCUAGAUUAAUUGCCAGCGUAUCUCAAGACUUGGUUCAUGUGAUUGUGACCCAGAACUCUUUGGCGGAGGGUAUUUCAGAGACUCUCAGGACUCUCAGUGAAGUGAGACACUAUCAAAGGCUUCCAGAUUAUGUGGUGGCAAUUUGUGCAUCGAAAAUCAGAGGAAAUGAAUUUUGUGUGGUAGUGUUAGGUCCGCACCAGUCUCGAGCUCUGGCAGAGAGCAUGCUCACUACAAGUGAGUUUUUGAAAGAAAUUAGUUAUGAGCUUAUCACAGGAAAGGUCAGUUUCCUGGCAUCACAUUUCAAAACCACAUCAUUAGGAGAUGACCUAGACAAGCUGUUGGAAAAAAUGCAACAAAGAAGAGGAGACAGUGUGGUUAUCCCUUUCAAUGGAGACCUUAAUGAAUGCGUGUCACCUCAGGAGGCUGCUGCUAUGAUGCCCACACAAAACCUGGAUUUAGAUAGCGAAAACUUCCAAAUUUAUCAACCGCAGCUAACAGUUGCCAGAAAACUCUUAUCCCAGGUGUGUGCUAUAGCAGACAGUGGCAGCCAGAGCCUGGACCUCGGUCACUUCAGCAAAGUAGACUUCAUCAUCAUUGUCCCCAGGUCGGAGGUGUUGGUGCAGCAAACUCUUCAACGGAUUCGACAAUCAGGUGUCCUCGUAGACUUGGGUCUGGAAGAAAAUGGGACAGCCCACCAGAGAGCAGAAAAAUAUGUUGUUCGUCUAGACAAUGAGAUUCAAACCAAGUUUGAAGUUUUUAUGAGGAGAGUGAAACAGAACCCGUACACACUGUUUGUGCUAGUUCAUGACAACUCCCAUGUGGAACUAACAAGUGUCAUUUCAGGCUCUUUGUCACAUGGUGAACCCAGUCAUGGACUAGCUGAUAGAGUCAUUAAUUGCAGAGAAGUUCUGGAAGCUUUCAACCUCCUGGUGCUCCAGGUCAGCUCCUUCCCGUACACUCUACAGACCCAACAGUCCCGCAUUAGCUCUAACAAUGAGGUUCACUGGAUACAACUGGAUACCGGGGAGGACGUGGGCUGCGAGGAGAAGCUGUACUUUGGCUUGAAUGAAUACAGCAAGUCUCUGCAGUGGGGGAUCACGAGCCCACUUCUGAGAUGUGACGAGACUUUUGAAAAAAUGGUGAACACACUCUUGGAGAGGUACCCCAGGUUGCACAGCAUGGUCGUCCGCUGCUAUCUUCUCAUCCAGCAGUACUCUGAGGCUCUGAUGGCUCUCACCACCAUGGCAUCACUCCGAGACCACAGCACACCAGAAACACUCAGCAUUAUGGAUGACCUCAUCAGCUCCCCAGGCAGAAACACAAGUGGGAGGGGGCACAUGCUCAUUAUCAGGGUGCCCUCGGUACAGCUGGCGAUGUUAGCCAAGGAGCAGCUACAGGAGGUGCGCGACAAACUGGGUCUGCAGUAUCGGUUUGAGAUCAUCCUUGGGAACCCAGCCUCUGAACUCAGCGUUGCAACUCACUUUGUGGCACGAUUAAAGACUUGGAGAGGAAAUGAACCAGAAGAGUGGAUCCCUCGGACAUACCAAGAUUUAGACGGUCUACCUUGUAUUGUGAUAUUAACUGGCAAAGAUCCUCUUGGAGAAACCUUUCCUAGGUCUUUGAAGUACUGUGACCUCCGGUUAAUUGACUCAAGCUAUUUAACUCGCACGGCCUUGGAGCAGGAGGUGGGUCUGGCAUGCUGCUAUGUCUCAAAAGAGGUCAUUCGGGGACCCACUGUUGCCCUGGACCUCAGCGGGAAGGAGCAGGAGAGAGCUGCUGUCAGCGAAAAUGACUCUGAUGAGCUGCUCAUCGACCUGGAGCGGCCCCAGAGCAAUAGCAGCGCUGUCACAGGGACGUCAGGUUCCAUCAUGGAGAAUGGAGUGAGCUCUUCCAGCACAGCUGACAAGUCCAAGAAGCAGUCUCUGAUCCCCAGCUUCCAGAGCCCAGCCACCAGUCUGGGGAUGGAUGAAGGGGUCUCUGCCAGCACACCUGGAACUGGAGCUGGGGAGACUCUGAAGCAAGAGUGUGACUCCUUGGGCCCCCAGAUGGCAAGCAGCACCAUCUCCAAGCCGUCUUCGUCCUCCUCAGGACCCAGGACCUUCCCAUGGCCAGGACAGCCCAUCAGAGGCUACCGGGGCCCGCACACAGCCCUGCCACCGGUGGUGAUCCUAUCCAAAGCAGCCUACAGCCUUCUGGGCUCCCAGAAGAGUGGCAAGCUGCCGUCCUCCUCAUCCCUGCUGCCUCAUGCCGACGUGGCCUGGAUGAGCUCCCUGCGGCCACUCCUGAACAAGGACAUGAGCAGUGAGGAGCAGUCCCUUUACUACAGGCAGUGGACCUCAGCCCGGCAGCACCAUGCUGACUACAGCAACCAGCCGGACCCGGCCUCUGGCACCCGAACCUUCCACCCCCGGCGGCUGCUGCUGACUGGGCCCCCCAAGGUGGGAAAGACGGGUUCCUAUUUACAGUUCCUCAGGAUCCUCUUCCGCAUGCUCAUCAGGCUUCUGGAGGUGGAUGUCUAUGAUGAGGAGGAGAUCAACACUGAUCAUAGUGAAAGCACUGAAGUGAGCCAGUCAGAGGGAGAGCCCUGGCCUGACAUCGAGAACUUCAGUAAAAUGCCUUUUGACGUCAGUGUGCAUGACCCCAAGUACAGUUUGAUGAGCCUGGUGUAUACUGAGAAGCUGGCAGGAGUCAAACAAGAAGUGAUAAAGGAAUCCAAAGUUGAAGAGCCCAGGAAACGAGAAACUGUGUCCAUAAUGCUGACCAAAUAUGCAGCCUACAACACCUUUCACCACUGCGAACAGUGCCGCCAGUACAUGGACUUCACCUCUGCCUCCCAGAUGUCUGACUCCACCCUUCAUGCCUUCACAUUCUCUUCUUCUAUGCUGGGAGAAGAGGUUCAGCUCUAUUUCAUCAUUCCGAAAUCCAAAGAGAGUCAUUUUGUCUUCAGCAAGCAGGGCAAGCACCUGGAGAGCAUGCGGCUGCCCCUGGUUUCAGACAAGAAUUUGAAUGUAGUCAAGAGCCCUAUUUUCACUCCUUCGAGCGGUCGACACGAGCACGGACUCCUAAACCUUUUCCAUGCCAUGGAGGGCAUCAACCACCUUCACCUUCUGGUGGUCAAAGAAUAUGAGAUGCCUCUGUACCGCAAGUACUGGCCCAACCACAUCAUGCUGGUGCUUCCCGGCAUGUUCAAUAAUGCAGGCGUGGGUGCUGCCAGGUUCCUUAUUAAGGAGCUAUCAUAUCACAACCUAGAAUUGGAGAGAAACCGCCUGGAGGAGCUAGGCAUUAAACGCCAGUGUGUCUGGCCAUUCAUUGUCAUGAUGGAUGAUUCGUGUGUCCUAUGGAACAUUCACAGUGUUCAGGAGCCAUCCAGCCAGCCCAUGGAAGUAGGAGUUUCCAGUAAGAAUGUGUCCUUGAAGACUGUCUUGCAGCACAUUGAAGCCACACCAAAAAUUGUCCACUACGCAAUCUUGGGCAUACAGAAAUGGAACAGCAAGCUGACUUCUCAGAGCCUAAAGGCCCCGUUCUCUAGGUGCCAUGUGCAUGAUUUCCUUCUCCUCAACAUAGACUUGACUCAGAAUGUACAGUAUGACUUCAACAGGUAUUUCUGUGAAGAUGUUGACUUUAAUCUGAGAACCAACAGUAGUGGCCUGCUCAUCUGCCGCUUUAAUAACUUCAGUCUCAUGAAGAAACAUGUUCAGGUUGGCGGGCAAAGGGACUUUAUCAUUAAACCAAAGAUCAUGGUGUCAGAGAACUUAGCACCCAUCUUGCCCCUUCAAUACAUCUGCGCUCCUGACAGUGAACACACGCUACUGGCAGCCCCUGCACAGUUUCUCCUGGAGAAAUUCCUUCAGCACGCCUCAUAUAAACUCUUCCCCAAAGCCAUCCGUAACUUCAAGAGUCCCGUGCUGGCCAUUGACUGCUACCUUAACAUUGGACCAGAGGUGGCCAUAUGCUACAUCAGCUCCAGACCCCACUCCAGCAAUGUCAAUUGUGAAGGGGUGUUUUUCAGUGGACUCCUUUUGUACCUCUGUGACUCUUUUGUAGGUGCUGAUCUUCUUAAGAACUUUAAAUUUCUAAAAGGUGCUACCCUGUGUGUUAUCUGCCAAGACAGAAGUUCCUUGCGCCAAACAAUUGUCCGCUUAGAGCUAGAAGAUGAGUGGCAGUUCCGCCUCCGGGAUGAGUUUCAAACUGCUAAUAGCAGUGAUGACAAGCCUCUCUACUUUCUUACCGGACGUCAUGUAUGAGCUUUUGAAGAGACCAAAAACAGCAAAACGAUGCCUAGGUGGGGUGGGACAGAAACAAUUUGGGAAUUUUUUUUUUCCUUUAAAGUACAAUCACUGUGGAGCAAAGUGCAACAUAUUUGUCUAAAUUCUCCAAAGAACUCCCCAAAUCUGACCCAGGUCUUUGGGGAUACCACUCUUAAUUGGACCCUUAAAUUCAGGUAAACUCCCCUAGGCAGUUAUGCAAUUACUGAAGAUACGGUCUGCCCAUGGGAUCCUGAGGAGGACAUACUUUGGAGAGUGAAUGUGGAGUCUGCAUUAUUUUUUCUAUUACAUUAUGUUGGGGGAAACUGUCAGCAUUAACUAGCCUGAAUGUGUUAUGGGAGACUCAUGCCAUUGGUGUGGAAUUAAUUGAAGAUUAACGUUUGAGGCCUGAACCCUCAGUUUCUCUUCAGAUCUGUACUUUGGUACAGUAUUACUCAGGGGUUUGAAAUGAUAGAAUGUAGAUGAUAUUUGUAUUUAAAAAAAGCAGUAGCUAUGUCUUUCUCUGUGUAGUGUUAGUUUAAGAUUUAUAAUCUUCUAUGUAUUGAAACUUUUGGCAAAAUUUCCACAGGAGUUCAAAGUUUACUAUUUAAACUGAACAAAGAAAUCAGUAAAUGCAGAGCAGGCAUUGUGUGCAUUUAUGCAUCUUCUUCUAGCCUAAUUCCUUUGCUUUUCCCAUUCUUUAAACUUGUUUCCAGGCUUUAAGAAUAUCUUACUUAAGAGACAAUGGAACAGCGAUUAAUCUUGUGCAAAAGAACCUGAUAAAGUCAGUUGAGUGAGUUAAGAAGUUUUCAGCAGGUAACCUGCACCCACCCUGUUUUGUUGGAAUUAAGCAGUUGGCACCAGCAAACCUAAAUGUCAGGCUGAGGUUCUGUUGCAGAGUGGAACUAGUUUCCUUCCUUUCAGGGAUUCAAGCAAAGCUUCCUUUAAAAGAUGCACUGAAUAUUACCACCUUACACUGACAACACCACAGAAAUUGCUGAAUUGGAAAACUGAGCCAUAGAAAGAGGUGUUUUACUUAAUCCUACCAGUGACUCCUGUAAGGAGUAAGAAAGACUCCAUUAAGAGUCUUUUUGACUCAUUAAAAUCAGCAGGGGGUGUUUGUCUAGUAUCAGCAGUGGAAGGCAUGUUUCUACAGAUUUCUCUAAUAUUUUAAUCAAAAAUUAUUUUUAGAAAAUGUUCUAGACAAACUCUUAGAAGUUUACUCUUAAAUUAUUCCAGUUCUCAUCCUUGAACAAUCUCUUGAGUUUUCUCAGCCCAUAUUUACUAUUUUAUCCCACUUAAAAUGGUCAUUUUUACUUGAAUACAUCUUGUUUGUAACCUGAAACUACUGAGGGGCCUACUAAGCCUGCAUUUACUUAGAACAAAAAAUGUUAAUUGACCAGCUUUAUUAUAACAAGGAGUUUACAGCUAGCGAAAAAAUGGAAUGUAUUAGACUAAAAAUGGUUUGUAGAUCUCUUGGUUUUAAUAUAGCUACUUAUGCUUUAACUAUAUUUUGAAGCCAACAAUUCCUUUUAACCGCAUUUUUAAUUGUCCUUUAAAGAGGACCUGCCUUAUAUAUGCUUUAAAAAAUACUCCUUAAUUUUAGUACAGUGGAAUUUUUGGUAAAGAGGUAUGUUUUGAAGCAGUUUGGUUUAAAUAUGAAUGUAUUUCACUUGUUCCUGUUUUGUUGAAAGGGCCUAAUGCAAAUAUCAAGAAACCCACUGUCUGUGCAAUAUUCCAAUAACAUUAACAACUACAUAGGGCAAAAUAAAAUACUUGAAAUAAUUCUAAAACAAUUGUACCUGGGGUAGAUGGCCUCUCAAGGUUUCUUUUGGCUUUAUGACUUCAUAGUCUAUAAAGAAUUUUUUUUUAAGUAGUUACAUCAGAUGCAGUUACUCCAUUAGUUAGGGCUGCACUCUGAAAAUUCAAAUUAUUAUGAGCUCUUAAAUAUUAUUUAACUCUGUGGAAGAGAGAUGCCAGAACAAAGCCAAAAGACCAUCACCCCUAUAAUAGAGAAAUUGAGCUAUUCUUUUCAAAGCCUAUCUUACUAAGGUUUGGAUCUUUUAAAAUCUCACCAGUACAAUUCUUCAGAGAAUGUUAGGUCCUUCUUUAAGGAUAAAGUUGCACAAGCACAGGACACCAUGAUAUGUGUGUGUGUAUAUAUCCUAAUGUGUUCAGCUUUAAGCUUUGCAAGCCCUUAGGACACUGAUGUGGGAUGAAUGGAUUCACUAGGCCCACACAGUAACUCACCUAUAGACCGGUUGAACCUCAGCAUGUAUGACAGUUCACACAGGUUAAUACUGAAUGUAAACUAAAAACUAGAAUUGUUGUAGUCAAUUUUUUUUGGCUGUAAUUUAUGCAAUUGCUUUUUGUGAUUUUUAGAAAAGGGGACACCUGUGUUACUUUAUUACUAUAAAAUUUUCUUAAAAUUUGGUGAAUUUCACUAGUCAGUCUACCUCACAUUUUGUUAAUGAUUCAAAAUUGUCUUAAGUUGUGUCUACUGUAUGUUUCUGUCCUUUAAUUUGGUGAAUGUAUUAAAGUUAUCUCCCACCCCCUCUGAAAAAUUAUUUUUUAAUUUUCUGGCAUGUUAAGAAAACAAGCUCCCUGACUCUGGCAAUAUCCAACCUAUAAUGUGACUUCCAGCCUUUUUAGGACCUAAGAAAAGAUGUUGAAAAUACACACAGUAGAUCCCAAUCUUUUAUUUGACAGAUUGCAGUUAUACUCUCACUUUGAUGUCCUUUUGGAAACCAAACUUUGGGUUGCUAGAGUGGUAUGAUACAAGGUGUUAUUGUUAAUCUCCUCUAGUUUAAAAUGCUCAAACUUUUUGAGAACUUCUCAAAAGCUGCUAGAACUAUGUAUAUGAAGACAGUGUUAUUGUAGUAUGAACUAUAUCUUCUUAAAAGUUUGAUGAACUUUUGAGAAUAACUUUGCUGUCCAGAAAAAUGGCUUUCAAUAUAUUAAUAAAGUGUAGUAAAUUAAAAGAA